ACGCGGCCGGGUGAGGACGUGAGGAGCGGCAGCCGACACCAUGGCGGCCGUCAGUGAGCACGCUGGCGAGUACAUCGGACAGCUGAAGGCCGAACUGGACGCCUUGGCCGGCACGGGCAAGUUCCCGCACGCGCAGCGGCUGCUCUACCAAGAGAUUGAGCGCUUCCAAACGGGACGGAUCUGGCGCGACGACAGAAAAAUGGUCGAUGUCACGAAGGAGAAGUCCUUGCGAAUCAGCAGCAGGGUGGUGGUACCGGUCAAAGAGCACCCCAAGUUCAAUUUUGUGGGCAAACUUCUCGGCCCCAAGGGAAACUCUCUCAAGCGACUUCAGGAGGAAACCAUGACGAAGAUGGCCAUUCUGGGCCGCGGCUCUAUGCGCGACAAGCAAAAGAAUCCCUCUGGGGAGCUGCUAGCCAAAGUAUCAUUCCCCUUGUACACCAUCAAGGCGCUGUCCGGUCAGCACAUCCUUGUGGCGGGUGGUGGCGGCUCGGCGAAGACCGGAGUGGCCAAUGGAUUUCAAAUCUUCGAGCUGACGCACUCGGGCAAGCAGACGGAGGCAGAAGAGGUGGCCUGGCACGAGACCGGCAACAAGGCCAUCAUGAACUGCGUGGCGUUCUCGUACGGCCGUCAGGAAGUGCUGGCCGCAGGGCUCGACGACGACCUCCAGCUGUACCAGAUCAGCCGCAAGCUCGUGGAGGAGGACAAGGAGGGACACGUCCUGCCCGACGAAGACAAGUUCGUGCAGACCCGGCGGCGCAGGAAGAGCGAGUCGCUGAGCAACAGUCAGGAGGGCCGCUUCUUCAGGAAAGGACGCCACCCGUCCGGCAACAAGAGGAUCGGCUUCAACAUCACCACGCAGGAAUCCGUCCGCACCGAUUUCAACACCAAGGGGGACGACUCGUUCCAGAAGAUGGUGCGCGUGAGCCUGGACCGGACGUUCCUGGUGACGGGCGGCUGCGACGGCCACCUGCGCGUCUGGAAGUACCCCGGCCUCGCCAAGCUGCGCGACGUCAAGGCACACGCCAAGGAGAUCGACGACAUUGACAUCAGCCCGUCCGGAUCCAAGAUCGUCAGCAUCGGAAAAGACAACAAGUGCAAUGUUUGGAACGUCAAGGAUGGAAAGAAGGUUGCCCAACUAGACUUCGAUCCUCCGCAGAAGGGGUGCAAGUACAUCUUCAAGAAAUGCAGAUUCGGCAUUGUCGAGGGCGACAAGAACAACUUCCGCCUGUACACCCUCCACAACCCGGUGGCUUCCCGCAAGCCCGGGUACAUCGUGAAGUGGAACACCACCUCCUUCGUGCCGGAGAAGAUAGUAACCGUUCCAGGCAGCCUGUCGGCGCUAGCCGUCAGUGACGACGGCCGUUUCCUGGCCGUGGGCUCCAUGGAGACGGGCUCUGUUAGCAUCUACAUCAGCUUCAGCCUGCAGCUGCUGAAAACGGUGGAGAGCGCGCACCACACGUUCGUGACGGGCCUGGAGUUCCUGCCGUCGGGCGAGGCGGCGCGCGCCGUCACCGGCAACAGCGACGCCAGCGUGGUCAGCAUCAGCGUCGACAACCAGGUCAAGAUCCACCACGUGGCGCGCCGAGGGACCAUCUCAGUGAUGCUGGCCAGCCUUAUAGUGGUGGUGGUGAUGGUGCUGACGUUCGUCGUCUGCAGCAUGUUGGGCAUAUGAUUGGACGUGGGUUAGCACCAUUCUGCGUAAGCCGAGCGUGGGACAGAAGGCUCCCGCCGGUGGAUGGGGCCGCAGGCGGCUGCAGCCAUAUCACUGUACAAGCGCCUCGUCAAGACCAGCUGCGAUGAUCACUUUUCGUUUUGUUUUCUUCUCGGCAAUAAGCAUGCUCUAGGGGGUUGCUGGUGGCUGUACGUGUUGUGUUGUUGGUUGUACGGCGCGGGGCAAUCAUCGGUUGAUACGUGCCCGAGCCACGCCCCGUGAUAGCCCUGAACUCUGGGGUCCACGUCCUGCCUGGUGAUGCGGGGUUCCGUUGUGAAGGUCGUCUGGCGUGGUGAUCUGUGUCGCCGGCAACACUCGAGACAUACGUUCCGUGUCGUACUGAUAUGUGAUCGUCAAGCCACGCUUUUGUGCUUUGGAAAAGUUGUGAGUUCCUGAUGUAAAAUACAUGGUGACUAUAUCUGAUUAAAAACAA